AUGGUCAAAAUCGCUUUCCUUCCCCUCGCCGUCCUGGCUGCACUUGCUCCCUUCGUCGCCGCAAACAACUGCAAGACCAAUCUGAACUACUGCGGUUAUAACCUCUUGAAUAUCGGCAACUAUGGUGCCCAGGUCAACGGUGCCCUCGAGGCCGCCAACCAGCCCACCGAUGACGCUCAUAUUCGCGAAUCCCUCUUUCAUUGCAAUGGUGGUUCGAAUGGGGAUAUCUCGUUCAUCAGCUAUUGCAGCGGUGGAUGUCAGGACGGUGGCUCGGGCAGGAGCGACUACUGCUAGACAGUCCGACUGAACCAUGAUUUCUUGAAUUCAUGUUAGAGGUGUGAUGCCGCUCGCGUCUGUCGAUAUUCAACAUAUACUCCGUACUAGUGAGCUAGAGGUGGGUCUCGGGUGGCAUUGGCUGGAGCUUAUUUGGAGACAUCGUUGAGGUCACGCGUGGAUUAGAGGCGUUUAGUCCGAAUCA